AUAACUAACAAUAUUUGCUCUUUCUGUAAUAAUAACGAGAUCGCAGAUAUCAACCAUAUCUUUUUUAAAUGCCAAAACCAAAUAUUCAUUUUUAAUAGACUAAUAUUGGAAAGUUAAAUAAUGGAAAUUAGUGAUCCCUCCUACCGCCAGUUAUGUGAUUUGCUCAAAAACAAAAAGUGUUAUAGUGCAUUAUAUAAAUACAUCAAAAAUACCGUGGGGAAGAUUUAAGAAAACAAGUGAAACGAUAGAAUAACAUGUGAAUUAUUGACCGUAAAUAAGACUUGGCUUAAAGGAAAAAUGUAAUCAUAUGUCAAUUGUCACUUCACAGUUCACUGAGUAGUUUAUUUUAAACAGGAAUCUGUAUAAUGUGCGAAUCACAAAAUUCAUGAGUACCAAUCUACUUAAUAUUAUUUGAAAUUUAAAUAUCAAAAUAUUCAUUAAAUUUUUACUAAAAAGUAUGUAAAAAAAAUUACGCCUCUAGAAAAAAACAACCUUUGUAGACAAAAUUCAAAAACAUAUUAUUUAGUAAUGCAUAUUUCAAGCUUGAUGAGACCCAUAGGUCAAUUUUGGAGAACUCACCUGUAAGAGAUUUGUUAUAUAAAAAUCAUAACUAACAGAAAAAAUACAUGAAUAUCUUACCUUAAGAUAAUACAAAAAUAUAUUAAGAAGACUCAAAAUGAGAAUUCCAAGAGUACUUAGUCCAUUGUAUCAGAUGAAAUUGUUGUAAGUUUUAAAUUAUUUGAGAUUUCGAAUAGACUAUUGAGACCUUAUGUUAGGUACUCGAAAAAAAUUUGGUGCUUAUGAAAAAGUCUAUCCAAUUGAAACCACACCCAGUCGGCCAGUGCCCAAUCACAUAGCAAGACCUGAUUAUAUAACAGGUCUUCCUCGUGGAAUUCCUAAAAUACCUGAAACCAAAGAUCAGGAACAGAUAAAUGGAAUGCGUGUUAGUUGCCAGCUUGCAGCCAGCAUAUUAAAUAGAAUGCAAUCUUUUAUUCAACCUGGUGUAAGAACAGAUGACAUUGAUGAUUUAAUUCACAAUUUCAUUAUUAGUGCUAAUGCCUAUCCUUCACCUUUACACUACAGAGGGUUUCCAAAAAGUAUUUGUACAUCUGUAAAUAAUGUUGCUGUUCAUGGUAUCCCGGAUCUUAGACCAUUAGUAAAUGGUGAUAUAGUUAAUGUAGAUAUAACAGUUUAUUACAACGGUUAUCAUGGAGAUUGCUCAAAAACAUUUUUAGUAGGUGAAGUUGAUGGAAAGGGUCAAGAACUGGUUGCAGUAACUGAAGAAUGCCUUUCACAAGCUAUCAAACUAUGUGGGCCUGAUGUUCCAUUCUGUGAUAUUGGUUUAAGAAUACAUAGAUAUGCAAAGAGUAAAGGACUGACAGUUUUGCCAGCCUUUGCAGGACACGGUAUUGGCAGAUAUUUUCAUGGUCCACCAGAUAUCUAUCAUAUGAUUAACAGAUAUCCUGGUUUGAUGAAAGCUGGUAUGACAUUUACUAUAGAACCAGUAUUAUCUCAUGGCCGAGCAAAUACAUACAUAUUAGAUGAUGGUUGGACUGUAGUUACGGAAGAUGGAUCUAGAACAGCUCAAUGUGAACAUACUAUAUUAAUUACAGAAGGAGGUGCAGAAAUUUUAACCAGAUAGCACCAUUUUGAAAGAAGGGAAUGUACUGUGAGAAAUAUUAUUAUAUUGUUCUAAAUCAAAACUGCUAAUAGAUUAAAUAUGGUAUUUAAAUGCACUAAAAUUACCUUAACUAUUGGUUUAAUUAGAAUUAUUUAUUAACAUGUUGUCUUCAAAUUCAACCAUAUGUGAUAAAAAUAAAAACUCUU